UCCAAAGCUAAUGACAGCCUCGACGCCUCUCUCUCUCCCAGUCAACACGCCUCUGCCUCUACGACACGUAUCUCUUCGCUGCCCGUAGUCAUAGAACCGGCAGCUCUACUUCCCCAGGUGCCUGUACAACAAACUUUCCCCAUCGCUACCAUUGCUACCCCACGUUCGUAAACAGCCAUCAUGGCCGACGACGCCGCCACAACCACCGAGGACACGCAAAUCACCUUCAAUGUCAAGGCUGCAAACGACCAGAAGCACGUACUCACACUGCCCAACACCACCACAGUUGCCGACCUCAAGACCAAGCUCUCAACGCCCGAAUACGCAGAUGUUCCCGCCGAACGCCAGCGCCUGAUAUACUCCGGUCGCGUACUCAAAGACCCCGACACGCUCGCUAGCGUCAAGAUUAAGGACGGCCACACAGUCCACCUUGUCAAGGGUGCCGCCAGCAACGCAAGACAGAACCCCGCCAACCAAGGCACAUCAAGUACAGCCAGUGGGGGCAACACCCAGACGCCACAGGUGCCGACCAACAUUGCUGCCGGAACAGGCAACAACCCGCUUGCUGGCCUGACAGGUGCGCGCUAUGCUGGCUUCCACGGCCUACCAGGAAUGGACACUUUCGGGCCAGAUGGUGGCAUGGGCGGACCCCCUACAAACCCCGAGGCUAUGCUAGAACAGAUGGAGAACCCCAUGUUCUUAUCGCAACUCAACGAAGCUAUGAAUAACCCAGCGGUGGUGGAUAUGAUGCUGCAGAGUCCUAUGAUUCGCGACAACCCGAUGCUCCAGCAAGUCCUCCGAAACCCAGAGAUGCGCCGCAUGAUGUUCAGCCCAGAGAUGAUGCGUAUGCAACUGCAGAUGCAGCGGAAUAUGGGCAAUAGCGGCCCCAGUUUCCCAGCCCCAGGGGCUACAGACAACACAACACAACCAGGUUCAACCGCAACAGGUGAAGGCACGACCGCGACGCCAAACCAGCCCAACACAACUGGAUCUACAGACCCCUUCACUGCAUUUGGUGGAGCCGGAGCUGGAGGAGCUGGAGCAAAUCCAUUCGCCAGUCUGUUUGCGGGAGGUCAGAAUCCUUUCGCUCCUCAGCAACAAGGCGCCAACACUGGUGCGGCACCAAACACACAAGAUGCUUCAGGCACGUUUCCCAACUUAUUCGGCGGAGCUGGUGCACAGGGCGGACAAGCGAACCCAUUCGCCGAGGCAGCUCAAAGGAUGAUGCAAGACCCGGAAGCUAUGCGUAACAUGAUGCAGAUGAUGGGCGGAGGUGCAGGAGGUGCAGGAGCAAACCCAUUCGCUGCUUUCGGUCAAGGCGCAGGAGCUCCAGGUGACGCAGCACAACCGGGCGGCGCCAACCCCUUCGCCGCACUCUUUGGUCCCGGUGGUGGAUUUGGAGGAGGCUUCGGUGCGCCCGCAGCACCAGUAGACAACCGACCACCUGAAGAAAUCUACGAGACCCAACUUAGGCAGCUCAACGAAAUGGGCUUCUACGAAUUUGACCGGAAUGUCGCUGCGCUGCGACGAAGUGGCGGCAACGUCCAAGGUGCCAUUGAACAUCUUCUCAACGGCGGAUCAUAGCGUGUUUUUCCCCGAAUUUUCUUACUCCCUCCAACGCCUUUGUCGGUACCUGAACCAAUUGUUUUGACGCAGAAUGAAAUAGAAGCGAUUGCGCGUUAUGAAGAGGGUGAGCGAAUGCGUAUGGCGGAGGAAGAUGUUGGUUUCGGCCUUGAUGGGAUAGAGGAUGCCUAUGAUAGUGAAGAGGAUUGGAGUUUUGGGUGCGAGGAUGAUGAGACGCUUGUUGGGGACGAAACAAUGUGAUGACGAGAUGGAUGAGGGGUGGUAAUUAUUCGGUUAGGAAAUGGACGCGCAUGGAUGCGUUUGUGCUAGAUACCAGUAGGCAGCUCAAAAAAUAAUGCCCAUUUAUAGAUGACUCUUUGGUCUGGCAAUGCAAGUUGUGAGAGAUGGGGAAUGAGGAAGAUAAUGCUAAACUACCCCCUCCACUACCUUCUUCACAUACCGCACAACCCUCACCUCAAAAUCAUUACAUCGAUCAA